ACAUUUUGAGAUCAUGUCGAAGAAAUGCAGCGUGCGCAGCUUGAGCGACAGCUCCUUGGCAGAACUGGCCAAUCUGCUGGUGUCCACCAUAAGCUAUGCCCAAUAUGCGCCGGAUGUGCAGCUGGACAUAAAUAUAGUGAUGGUGGAGCUGAAUGAAUAUUUAACACAGAAUGGCGCCACUUCAAACAUAUAUCAGGAUCUGCUGCGUGUUAUACUCAGCUCGGAUUAUUUGGAGGCCAACAUGCGCUUCACCUGCCUGCAAAUGUUGCUCAAUUGUGGCGUCACCUUUCUGGUAACCGAAGUGUUUCCCUUCAGCUACUACGAGAAGAUAUUGCAAGUGAUUGCGGCGCAGGGAUCUGGACUGCGUGUGCUGAAUCUCAAGGGUAUUUGGGUCAAGGAGGAGCAUAUGCAUUAUAUGUAUGCAAUAGUGCGACGCUGCAAGCAGCUGGUGAAGCUCUAUGUGCCCUAUAUAGCCAACGAUCAGCUGCUGGAGGAGAUUAGCCUCAAUUGUGCCAAAUUGCAAAUACUUGAUAUAUCUGGAGAAACGGAUAUUACAGAAAUAGGCAUAGACUUUUUGGCUAAAGGUGUGUGCGCUCAAUCGUUGACAGUGCUGGAUGUGGGCAUGCCUGGUGAGGAGAACAUAUGUUAUUCGGAUAUAGCUUUAAUCUUAGAGCGUUGCUCGCAUGUGGAAACUCUUUCCACCUACAGCUUUGUGGGUGCUGCUUUAAAAUUUAUCUAUGACAACAUUGAUACCAACUUCAAGUGUCGCCUGAAGUAUGCGCAUGACACCUCCACGGAUGAGGACACCUUGCGUAUAAUAAUGCAAACCUGUCCACAGCUGGAGACGCUCUACAUGGACUCACCCAAACUUGGUGCAUUGCGUGCUUUGCAAAAUGGCACACUACGCAAGCUUAAGAUUUGCAAAUUUGCUGUCGCUGAGCUCUUGGCGCUGCUCGAGCGUCCCUUGGGCCGCAAUCUGCGUCACUUGACCAUGAUUAAGGGCACUGGCAAUCUGGAGCUGGGCAAGCUAGCACGGCUUUGCCCUGCCUUAAUAGAUUUGGACUGUUAUCUGAUAGAGAGCUUAAGCUAUGCGCAGUGUCAUGUGCGCUUUCAGCAGCUGGAAGGACUGGAGAUUCUUAGCAGCGAUAUUCUGACAAGCUCCUUGAAGAGCUUCGUAUGCAAUUGCACUGAUCUUAAACGCCUGGCAGUGGAUUCUGUAGAUAUAACAGAUGAGGAUAUUAUUAGCAUAUUUGUGCAGCACGAUUUUCAUAUCCUGGAAGAUAUUUGGUUUACCUUGGCACCCUCGCUUACAGUGCAGGCCGUGGAGCUACUUAUGGACAGCUGCCCGGAGCUGCAGUCUGUGGGUCAAUUAACCGGCUGGUCACUUACUCCAGAUGAUCUAGCACUCAUACGUGGUCUAUUGAAAAGCGGCAACUCGAGUCUUGUACUUACGCAAAACGCGCCUGCAAUAGAUGUUAAUUGGUUGGUUUGGCUGCAACAGCCGCUUGGUGUGGAGCAAACAUUUUUAUAAAAUUAAUUUGUGAUAUUAAUAAAAUAAAGUGCGUUGUUU